UUAUGCUAAAGGCUAACGUUAGCCUUCGGUAUGUUUCUUUUGUAGAAGCAAAAUGAGCAGAAAAGAAACGUGUUUACUUCUCGGAGCGACCGGCGUUGGAAAGACAUUACUGCUCAAACGUUUACAAAAGUUCAGUUGGAGCAGUUCAGGUGAACUUGAGUCAACCCCUCCCACUCUGCCCACAGUUGGAACCAAUCUGACAGACCUGACAUUGAAAAAGAAGAAGGUGACCGUGAGAGAACUGGGGGGCUGCAUGGGCCCCAUAUGGCCGAGCUACUUCAAAGACUGCUCCUUUGUCAUUUUUGUGGUGGAUUCAGCCAAUACAGCUCAGAUCUCCUCUUCGUGUAUCCAGUUACUGUCCAUCCUCUCUGCUGAGUCUCUGCACAACGCCCCAGUGCUUAUUCUCUUCAACAAGAGGGACAUGCCUUGUAUUAUGAGCCUGACAGAAAUAAAGUCGCUGUUCAGGAUGGACGAUAUCAUCGCAUCUGCCACUCAGCCUAUCACAGUACUGGAAAUGAGCGCCCGAUCAGGAGAGGGACUGAAAGAGGUUAUGAGCUGGUUGGAGUCUGUUGCAGUCAAAUAAUGAUUUCAAGCCUUCUGUUCAUUUACAUCAGUAUUAUCCAUUGAGAAAAGGUUCACUCACUGUUUUCAAAGAAUUUAAUAGUGUGCUUAGUGUUGGAAAGUUUAACACUGUGGAAAAAAAUGUGCCUAUAAUGAAACUGUAUGAAAACUGAUAACUGUUAAAGGUGCUGUAGGCAGGAUUCAGCAUCUCCGCCAUCUUGCUUAGGUUUACCUAAGCAAGAUGGCGAUUUGACCCAUCUAAGAAGGCGAU